AUGGCUCUUGGUCACAUGGACAACUACCAAGCUGGCAGGCCUUUAGAAGAUGGCGAGGUCAGCGAGGAUGGUGAGCUCGAGGAUGUCUACGAACCGAUGGAAAGUGAACAAGAUGCGGUUGGUACAAGUCAAACGCACAAGCAAAGACAGGCCGGUUAUCAACCAAUCGACGGCCGCGAACGGUCAGGAUCGUAUUCGCCGUAUCUAUCGCCUCAUGAAAUCUCACAACCUGGUGACAGCCUAUCGGACCAUUACACAGGCGAUAAACCUACCGCGAGCGAGGCAGCACCGUCAGCGCCUAUCGAUGUGCGCGAUGUUCUGCCUCCCAGGCCCAGUCAAACCAAAUCCAUGAAUCGUUCGGAUUUGGAAGCGUCUAAGAAGCAGGCAAAGGAUGCCAUUCUUCGAUUAUGGCCACUAAAUAUAAGAUUCCACAACUACGUUUCCGAAGGUGUUGACGAAGCGCUUCUCAAAUCGCUCUUCAAGGACUUAGGUCUCAACUUCACCGAGGCUACCAGGAUGACGUCGGGGCCAGAAGGGAAUGAGCCUGCAACUUCAAAUGGGACGAGUAUUUCAAAAGCGCUGGCCGUCGAAACUACGAAUCUCGUGCCUCCAAAAUCCAAGCCUGCCGUCGUUAACGCGUCUGAAUCACGGAAGGAUCGAAUCGCCCGUCUACUCGCUGCAAAAGGCUCAAAACAAAGCUCUACACCUGCGUCAUUACCGGCAGACGACGCAGUUGCUCCAAAAAGCGCCAAGGCGGCGGCUACAGGCGUCAAGCCAACACUGACACAGUCAGAAAAGUCCAAGUUGCUACAGCAGAAAAUGGAAGCUCUCAAAAGGGCACGAGAAGCCCUCAAGUCAGAAAAGCCCACUCCGGUAGAGGACAAGAAUGGUUUCAGUAAGAACGAUUCGACACCUGAAGCAUCCUUUAAGACUACGAGCCAUGACGGAUCUAACGCUCCGCGAAAUGAUGCUUCAGCAAGUGCUAUUCCAGGGCUGUCGUGGCCACCAAGUAAGCAAGCCACGGAGCCACCUCAGGCUAUGCAGCAACCCACCGCGACCUUCCAGGCCGCCGAUCUGAGCCAGCUGCGACCAGCCCCAGCAUUUGAUCAGAACACGGAAUCCCGACCAUUUUUGAUCAAUGUCAGUGAAGGGGAAGAGGAUGAGGACGGUGAUGAGGAAAUGGAACUCGAUUCGCCAAGUCGGCCAGAGACUCCUUCGGGUAUGCCCAACCCUGCACACCAACAGGAUGCUAUACUGCAAGACGUACAAGCCAUACCUGACUCCUCCAUACCACGACAAGUGAGAAGCCCUGCAUCGGCCUCAACGCCACUGAGGAGCGCCAGCAGAAAUAAUGGCAGCGACUUGGAAAGCAUGAAUAAGCAAAUAGAAGAGAUGAAGAGAAAGAUUGCCGAGGCCGAGGCUCGUAAGAAGGCCAAGAGUUCACGGCAAGGCUCUCCGGUACUCUGUCAGCUGAAUGACAGUUCUUUUGAGGAUGGAUCCGACACAGCCAGUCGACCGGUAGCACCUCCACGGCUCUACGGCGAGCUGGGUCAUGAGGCAAGGAAAGCUCUGGGGACAAGUUUAGAACAGCGCUCGCGCUCUCGUGCCGCCAGCGAACGCUUGCCGUUGAUUGAAGCUCGACGCAGAAAACAACGACUGAAGCUAAAAGCUCUUCAUUCCGAAAUCGCCAGGAUCGAACAAGAGUUAGAAGAGGAUAUGCUUGAAGAAGAGAGGCUAAAGGGAGAAAUUCUAAGCUCAGACUCGGAUAAAGAGAUGGACAUCUUCGCUCCUGUUGAUCUAUCUAGUUCCGAACAAGAAAAAACACUUGAAUCCUUGCAGGAGUCGGCCUUCUCAAAUCCAACAGAUCAAAGCGAACAACCAACGGCCAGAUCAAUUGAGCAAGAUCAAGCCCUGGAACACGCUGAUGAUGUACCAGAUGUUGAUGACGAAGCUCCUUUUCCAUCCCAUGAGUUGCCUGCCGCGGGUGAGUCCAGCGCUGGCGUUGCUACAUCAAACUUUGGCAAUGGCGGCAUUGUGAGCACAACAAUUCUGCCCGAAUCAAACAAAGUGAAUCCCGAGGCGUUCCCAGCAAGCGAUGAGCUGGUCCCGAACGAUUCUCAAGCCUCCUCUUUGCAUUCUGAUAUCCCUGAGGAUGUUGAUAUGGAAGAUGCGGGCUACUCAGCAGACGAAGACGUCGAAGAGAAUUCUGACGAAGAUUAUGAGCCUCCAGAGGCGAAUUUGUCUGCAGUGGCAAGCCACAACGACCAGUCGGAGCAAGACAGUACUGUGCUAUCCCAGACUGAGGAAGUUGUGGAAGGUAGCCCAGUGACAUCAGGUGCCGCCGCUGCGUUCCCAAGCGGCCCUGCGUUGCCAGAGCCAGAUUCGACAAAUGAACAUGGCAAGCUUGUCGCUCCAAAGACUAGCUUCGUUCCGUACGAAACACCACUGCAGUACUUCCGUGCUUAUCGAUUCCACCCCUCGUUCAAUCAAGAUGUGGCCGGUGGGUUGCGGUCGAUGACCUACAGUAACAAAAUUGAUGUCAAGAAGGAACUUUGCCCCGAUGAGUUGGCUGGACAGCAAUGUCCCAGGGGAAGCCAAUGCGAGUUUCAACACUUUGAGACGAUGCAAGCUCCCGAUGACCAGAUCCUGCUUCAGCUAGGAGCAGCUGACCAUUACGACGAGGAGCAGAAGCAGAAGUACAUUGCUGGUCUAAGACAGCUCCUUACCGAGUUCCGAACCCGUAAAGUCAAAGAUUUCAACACGAUUAGCCAAGGUAUCAUCGAAUUCCGGGCCAAAUUCAUUGGAGAUAAGACCAAGAUUCUACCGUUGGGUAGCAUCAGCCUGUAG